UACAAACUAUUACGAUGGCGUCGGUAUGGUCACCGAGUGUGGCAUUGCACCUGGUUCCACCUUUACAUACGAGAUUGUGCUUAGCCAGUCCGGCACAUACUGGAUCCACGGACACACACUAGAGCAAAGCAACGAGGGGCUGCGCACACCACUGGUUGUACAUGACCCAAAUGAACGCUACAAGUACGACGGCGAGUUUCUGUUUGCGGUUGAGGAGUGGGCGACACAGACUAUUGACGACUCUAUGGCCGUCAUGACUGCGCCCAACAGGGCAACUUUGCCGGUGGAUCAGUCAAUGCGUCUUUUGGUGAACGGAGAGAACGGAGCGAAAUUGAAACCGAUGAACUUUGUUCCAGGAAAGACGUAUCGGAUUCGGCUUGUCGCUAUGAUGGGCAUGCCACUGGUCGACUUCUUCAUUGACAACCACGAUAUUGAAGUUAUAGAGGUGGACGGUGUGCUGACAAAGCCAAAGAAAGUCAAUGUCGUCCGACUUGCCUCUGGUCAGCGCUACUCCGUUCUGGUGAGAGCUAAGAACGCGACGGAUACAAAUUACUCGUAUCACUUCAACAUGAUUCAGUCCUACAUCCCCCUGAAAUCUGGCUUCAGACCAAUGGUGGGGAAUGGCACGGUUGUGUAUUCGGAUAGGGUGCCUCUAGACGACUCGCCAGUGCUGGUACCUGACCGCUCGCUCUACUUCAACGCUACAUUCGGCUUUACAGCGCAAAAUGCUAGCUUCGAGUCGUUCAACCUUGCACCAUUCCAGACGCCACUUGUUCCCACUAUUCUGACCGCUAUGACAAUGGGUGAUAUGGUGCUGAAUCCAAUCGUGUAUGGGUCACAGAGCAGCGCCUACGUGCUCAAGCACCUGGAAGUCAUCGAGGUACUCGUGUGGAGUCAGACGUUUCUGCCGCACCCAAUCCAUUUGCAUGGCCACAAAUUCCAGAUUGUUGAGCGGGGGCUGGUAGCCGAUACUACUGGAGCCAGUCGCCGCCAGAUUCCGCCUGGAGGACAGCCAAUUUCUAGAGACACAGUGCAGGUCGAGUCGGGCGAGUAUGUAAAACUGCGGUUCCGUGCGGAUAACCCCGGUGUGUGGCUUAUGCAUUGCCAUUUCCCGUGGCAUGCGAGGGCUGGAAUGGAUAUGGUGUUUGUUGAGGCACCAGAUUUGAUGCAGAAGCAGCUGAAGAUACCUGAUUCUGUUCGAGAGCAGUGCCGGCUGCAGGGUAUCAAGACAGAAGGCAAUGCGGGCGGCAACAUGUCGUAUAAUUUUGGAGCAGCACCAAUCGGCCCGUUUAUACUUCCGGAGCCUGUGUCAUAUGCAACAGACGGAGACUUUAUACAGUAAAACAUUUUUCUGUGUCGA